AUGCAAGGAUUUAAAGUUGAAACAAUAACUCCAGGAGAUGGAAAAUCAUUUCCUUAAAAAGGCCAAAAAGUUCACGUGCAUUAUGUAGGAACCUUACUUGACGGAUCUGUAUUUGACUCUUCAAGAAAUAGAGGAAAGCCUUUUAUAUUUACCCUUGGCGCAGGAUAAGUUAUUAAGGGAUGGGAUGAAGGUGUAGCAAAGUUGUCAAUAGGAGAGAAGGCUAUAAUCACUUGUCCACCUGAUUAUGCUUAUGGCGCAUAAGGUUACCCACCAGUGAUCCCCAAAAAUGCCACAUUGAAAUUUGAAGUUGAGUUGCUUAAUUUUGCAUGAGAUAUUCAUUCAUUAAAAUAAGUUAAUUUCAAAACAGAUAAUUAUAAA